GAUUGACCGGCGGGGCGGGGCCGCGGCGGGGCGGAGCCGCGCGGCCGAGCCGGAGCGCCGGGGCCGACACCGGGCACGGAGCCGCCGCCAGCGCCGCUCCCGCAGCCAGGUAUUGAGUAUAAACUUCCAUAAGUUCUAAAAAUGGGAAGAAUUUUUUUGGAUCAUAUUGGUGGCACUCGCCUGUUCUCCUGUGCAAACUGCGACACAAUCCUGACCAACCGCUCCGAGCUCAUCUCCACUCGCUUCACAGGGGCCACAGGAAGAGCCUUUCUUUUUAACAAGGUGGUCAAUCUGCAGUACAGUGAAGUUCAGGAUCGGGUCAUGCUCACCGGCCGCCACAUGGUGCGGGACGUGAGCUGCAAGAACUGCAACAGCAAACUGGGCUGGAUCUAUGAGUUUGCCACUGAAGACAGCCAGCGCUACAAGGAAGGCCGCGUUAUCCUGGAAAGAGCCUUGGUCCGGGAGAGCGAAGGCUUCGAGGAGCACGUUCCAUCCGACAAUUCCUGAAGAGGCUCUAGUCUCUUCUCAGGUUCUCUUCAAUUGAAACUCCAAUGUAAUAAAAUCAACAAAAAAAUCUGCUUACAUACACUGUCACCUUAGCAUCAGAGUCGGAUUCAUGGACUACAAAAUGGGAGAGAUUGUGAGAAUAUUUCAGAUGGAACUUUACUUUCUUUAUUCCUUUUAUAUUUUACUUUCCCUCCAGCAGCUGUUUGUAGAAAGAAUGUUGUGCAGAUGCUGUAACUUCUCUCUUUCAUUUACAUCUGUUAGAUUUUCUGAGAUUGUAUCUUAAGGUACAGUGGGCUAAAAGGAAAAUAAUUGCAAGAUUUGUCUUUUGUUGGAGAGAAAUUCAGUGAGGUUUUUCCUUUUUAGUUUGCACAAGCUGAUGGCAGCAUCAAAUUAUUUUAAAACUAUGAUGUUUUUUUAAAAGUAUAUUCCAACUUUUGGCUUAAGUUUUUAGUUAGGUUUUUGGUUUUUUGGGUUUUUGACCCAGCCUUUUCACCUGGUUUGGUAGCUAAAGUGAAGAGAUCCGAAUUUGUGCUGAGUGCUAAAGGUUCAGUGUUGGUACAGCUUGGGCUGGCCCAUGUGCCAUAUUCUUGUUGAGGUUGAUUGGUAGCACAGAGCCCAUUAUUUCUUGUCAUUCUUGACCCAAAGAUGUCACCAUUCCUUGUUUAUUCGUGAAGUCCCAUUCACCAUGUAAACUGGUGUUGAUUGGAAACUAUCCUUGAAAUAGGGUGAAAUUGCUUGGCUUUUUUUAACUUUAACAGAUGUAACUUAUGAGCAUAGUAAUAAUAUAAAGUAAUAGCUGUCUGUUUAGUCCUGCAUUGCUUACAAAUCCAGCUGUGUUUGUAAUGAUAGGGAUCCACUGAGAAACUACUAUUUCAGUAGUAAUUUUUUUUCGUUUCUCUACUAAUCUCAUUAAGUUAGACAGGGAAUUGCAAAUCUUAAUUCUUCAAGUGGCUUUCUUUAAACCCAGAACCUCCUAUGUUAAACACAGCUGUUGUGUAAAAGGAGAAGAUUGCCAGCAUGUUUGUUCAUGCGUAGAGUUAUGCAAUCUGCAUCUCUUGAAAAGAUUAACUUAAACAGCUUGUUUUCAAAUGCUGCUUCUGGUGUUGAAACCUUUAUCUUUCAACUUUGUUGAACGUUUUCAUUGUGAUGUUAUGUUUUUAUCUUUCUGGGCAGCAGUACAUGUCAGCCUAGCAGUAACUAGUGACUUGGAUUCCUGCUUUGUUCUUGUAGAGGUCAGCUCUGUUUAAAACAGUGAUCUUGCUUGCCUUUUUUAGCAAAAAUGCUCUUCAUUAACUUAACUCAAGGGUGCCCAAAAAAUUUCAUUGUGUCUUAAGCCAUAAGCUAGGAUCUCAAGGGCUGAAAUUUAUUUGAAUGUUAGAUAUGUAUUAUUUCUUAUCCAAGAUAUGAGUUGGUUCUGGUUUUUUUCCUUAUUGGAUAAAUUGUGGUCAAUGUGAAUUAAGUUACCCACAGACGCAGGAAAAGGGGAGAACCCCACCCAGCUAAAUGGGUCUGGGUUCUGACCUUUCAGAGUAACUUUUCUUCUCUAGCCACAGCUCCAUAUCUGAAACCAAGAUGUGGAGGGUGACUAUGCAGAGUAUUUUUCUUAAUUUUUUUUUUGGUUGCCAAGUGGCAAGUUGGACACCCCUGACUUGAAUCUACUGCCUCUUUCAUGUAAAGGUAGCUUUGUUCUAGAAAUGUCACAUAGAAAGAAAACAGAGUAGAUCACAUACCAGAGCUGUGCUUGAAUCAAGCUGCUUAAACAAUAGUGUACUUGUGCCUCAAAUUAAUCAGUUUUUGCACUGAGUACAGUAGUACCCCAUUAUCUUGUACUUCUGUCCUUCACAGACCCUGGAAGCACCAUUAGCAUGGUUCUCUGCAGUACUUUUCUUGUACCUCUGACAUUACAGUACAAUAAAGUAUGUUUUGUCCUGAACUGA